ACCCUGUGGCAUCGAUAAAAUCAUUGAUUAUUUUCCAGCUCCAUUUUUUCAUCAUCCCAUUAAAUAUUAAUAAAAUCAAAAUAAUGUCGGACGCACCUAUGUGCACUUUGUGCCGGGAGAACCUGGCGAUAGAGGUCGAUCUUGAGAAGCCCAUGUAUAAGGCGGUGAACAAACUGCUACAGAGACUAUUCGAAUGCUACAAGAUUGAUAUCUCCAUCUUGGGAGAGAGCUCCUGCAUUUGCCAAGCGUGUUUCGAGAGGGUUUUACACAUAAGCGAAUCUCUAAAGAAAUGGACUAAGACCCACGAAGCACUGCAGGAGACACCACUAGAAAUAGAUGACUCUAAGGCGUUCCAGAUCAAGCUAGAGGCUCCUUCCUCAGCUUCAGAAGAUGAGGAAAUGGAAUCGCCACAAAACAAUGAUAUGGAUAUACCAGAGGACAAAAGUGAUGAGGAAACGGAAGAAACUCUCCAAAAUGAGGGUCAGGAAGUGGAGCCAGAAUUUUUCUGCGUGGCUAUCGGGCAGGAUGGAAUGGUCAUCGCAAAAUUAUUUAAGGAUAGUACCAAGGCCAUCAAAUUGAUGUGCACUUGCUGCGAUAAGGCGUACGAUAACAUGAUGCAGAUUCGGAGUCACAAUCCCAUGACCCGGAAAACUCCCACCUACUACUGUGGCACUUGUGGAGCGAAUUUCCAGAAGCCAAAGCAACUGGCGGAUCACGAGGAGGCAGAGGAUCAUAAGAAACCUUCAACACGGCACCGGGAUAUAGAUUUCCGUUGUCUGAAGUGCGACGAAAUGUUCAUCCGGUUUACCGACACCAUCCGACACGAGAAUAGCACGCACAGUUUUGUGGAGCACACUUGUCCAUCCUGUAAUAUGCACUUCAAGUACUACGGAUCCUUCCAAAAGCACUUGCGUUUCCAUAAUCCGGUCGAUCCACCACCCGAUGUCUACGAUUGCAACUAUCCGAAUUGCACCCGACGGUUUCGGGUGUGGAAGCGGUAUGUGAAGCACACAAACUGGCACCAAAGCCAGUGCCAAAAGUGUCCAUAUGUGGGAUGUAACAUCUCCAGCAUUCCUGGCAACUACAUGCGACACAUGCGCGCCCACCUCAAGCAGGCCCAGUACAAGCAUGAAGGAAAGUUCAUGAAACUGGACCCCGUUUUGCGUGUGCAUCCGGAUGUGCGGAAGGUGCCGUAUGCCAAGAGAACACUGCAGGGUCAGAAGGAGGAACAACCUGUCGAGCGAAUAAAGGUUAAUCCAGACGGGGAAUUCAUCAGUUUGCCCAAACAGAUCAUAUAUAGAAAAGGCAGAUACGUAAAUGUUCCCGAAAAAAAUAAACAUUAAACAAUAUUCUUACAUUAUAAAUAAAUAACUCACUUUAGUUAAGAUAAAUCGGCUAUGUAAAACGACCAUAGAAUAACCUUGAAUGCCGAAAUAAAAGAAUAAGUUUAAUUUUGAAGUUUAAAAUUUAAAAUUUUAUAAUUUAAAGCUGUUAAGAAACGUUCUAAAUUAACCAGUCUUAAAGAAUACAAUUCUAUAUCCAUAAAAGUUCGUUUGUAUCGAUAAAUCGUUGUUUCUUUAAAAAACAGCCCUAGAAAUAACAGAAUUCCCAAAAUAAUACAAAUUAGUCGUUAAAACUGGGAUACAUCAAUUUAUUGCCGGAAUUUUUGGGGGGCUGAAAAUAUUGAAAAUAUAUUUUUUUUUGCACAAAUUAUAGGUAUCUGAUAAUAAUUACGUUACAAUUGUUGUUUAUGGUUGAGGAGAUUUAAGUUUUUGUUUUGGCAUUAAAUUCUACAAAUUGUAUUUUUGAUAUUUUAUUAUGCCUGCCACUACAGAAUAGAUUUACUUAUAUGCUUUAAUUUCAGACGAAUUUCCAAUAAUUUUUAAUUAAUCAGCCGGAUUUUCUACAUCUUUGCUUUUUUGAAAUUUAAAGCAAAUCUAUUCUUGUGCAGAUUCAACCCAUAUUUUUCUUAGCUUUGGACGUGUUGACAGAUUUCACUUUUUGUUUUUCUUUGUCGGGUACAAUGAUUAAAAUGCAUAGCAAAUUUGUAGCUUGGAGCGAGUAUUCGGACAUUUAACUGAUGGCAAGAUUUGAAUCGCAUCCAAAGUUCACUUAAAUUAACUAAUUUGUGUCGAUGAUUGUUGUUACAGGAGCCCGCUUAUAACCAACGCAAUUGAUGUAUUUCUAUGUCUAUGGAUGUAUGCAAAGAACUUACAAUAAUAAGAUCAGUAACGUAAUACGGUUUCUUUGCGUAUGACAAUUGAAAUAUAUGGACGAUAUGAAUCUUGUUAUUAUAAGUUUUUUGGUGUGUGGUUGGCAGACGAUUUGAUAUUGAACUCUAAUAUUGUAUUUUUGGGGUUGGAGCUAAGGAUUCAACAGAUUAGGCAUCGGUUUUGAUUUAAAUUUGGUUUCGUUUUGAUUCGUUUUUGUUCACAACAAAAUUGUACAAUAUAUUGUUUCGGGUUUAAUUUUGUAGUUUUCAAGCUGUAACAAUGCUGUUCUUGUUCCUAAUUUGAUAUUCAUUGCUUGCUGGAUAAGUUUGAUGUUUCUUUGUUGUUGUUUAUUUGGCACAGACAAAUGUCAAAAGAAAUUAAUGGUUUAAGGAAAAGAGCUAAAAGAGUUAACCGAUUAGAAUUGGUUACAAUUUCAUUGGAUAUUUGUCUGUGGCCGGGGUAGGGGAAACGGAUUAAAGUUUCCAAAAAUGAGUUCGUUUAAAAAAUAGAAAGUAAUCCGAAUCCAAAUUAAAAGAGAAAUGUUUAAA